GGACUGCUCCCGCCUGGCGGGCGGCAUGCGCCUCGACGUGCCCGUGGACGUCCGGCAGGCGGUGGGCGAGUGCAGGUACUGCCUCGACCGGCUGGCGGGCAGCGCCGCGGGGCGUGCGCAGCACGGCGCCGGGGCGCUCCGGGCCAUGUUCUCCGUGAAGGACUAUCCCAGCAUUGGGACGGCCCAGCUGCUGCUGCUGGCCUGGGAGCCGCCGCCCGCGCUGCGGGGCGUGCGCCUGGCCGACCUCGAGCGGCGGUGGCAGGAGUACAACAAGUCCUCGGCUGGCCACGAGACGCUGAAGCGCGUGGUCUCGCUGCGGUGCUUCGCAGGAGGCAAGCAGCUGGCCGCCCCGAGCACCAGCAGGGGCCGCGCGACCGCCUGCGGCGACAAGGAGGACAAGCGCCUCACGCGCUUCGAGCUCCUGAGGCAGGGCGACGGACGCGUGUGCCUGAGGUCCCUGUGCGGCGGGAGCGAGGGCAGCUACCUCACCGUCCACAAGGAGGACGCGGCCUGCUCGGUCCGGCUCGGGGCCAGCGGCGCGCAGUUCCAGAUGGUGGACAACGGCGACGGUACCUUCAGCUUCAGGACGGUCCACGGGUGCCUCGCCAUUUUCGAGGACGACUCGGUGGGCACGCUGCCCCAGAGCGAGUCGCGCGGCAGGACGCGCUCGCACUUCCAGGUCGAAUCGGGGCCCAACAUGUACGAGGCUGUGAAGUACUGGAUCUCUCCCGAGACGGCGGUCGCGCACUGCUCGUUCGCGUCGCUCUUCGACUACGGCCCCCCGGACACUUUCGUGUCGCACUACUGGGGGCAUUCGUUCGAUGACCUGUUGAAGUCCUCCAGGCUGCACGGCAGCGUGGUCGCGGGCGGCGACGACGCGGCGGGCAGUCGCAGGCGCCUGUGGAUCUGCUCGUUCGCGAACGACCAGCGCCGCGUGUCCGAGGAGCUCGGCAGCGACAUAGACGAGUCCGCCUUCAAGAAGGCGCUGGAGAGCCGCACCUGCUCGGCCAUGGCGCUCAUGUUCGGGGAGGACGGCGCUCCGCUGCAGCGCUGCUGGUGCCUCUACGAGAUCCUGCUGUGCGAGUACCUGCAGCUGCCGCUGGACAUCUGCACGCCGAAGGGCGUCGUGAACCGCGGCGGGACGCGCGUGGACAACGGCAUAGACGUGCUGGAGACAUGCAAUCGGAUCGACGUGGGCACCGCCACGUGUUCCAACCCCGAGGACGCGAAGAAGAUCCGCGCCAAGAUCGAGUCUUCCCUUGGCUACGAGCGCAUGAACCACACGAUCCGCACGAAGAUGGUGGACGGGCUAGACAAGGCGUUCGAGCUACAGGUCGACCGCUUGAAGAAGGCGGUAGACACCACCGGGAUUCAGGAGGACGGGGACCCCCAGUCGCCGGGCAUGCUCACGCGCAGGCGCUCGUGGGCCAGGGACGAGUCGCCCUCGCGGAGGAGCGACGACUCGCUGGGGGGCUUCGCGUCGGCCAGGGGCUCGCCAGGCCUAGAAGAAGAGAACGCCCAGCUGAAGAAGCGAAACGCUCGACUCUUCGAGAAGCUGGAGAAGAUGAGGCUGGAGAAUGUCAGGCUGAAGUUGGAGACAGGCAGGCUCCAGGAAGAGCUGGACGACGAGAGGAAGAAGAAGAGGAAGCAGUCGAACGCGUGACGAGCGACAGCGCGGCGACGAGGCGUGCGCGCGUGACGCCUACGGACCCCGCGUCUCUUCGCGCUUGUUUCACCUCGCUUGUUCGGAUGGUGUUUAGUGUCGCGUCUGGCGCGAUGUGCGUGUAUGUGCGGGGGAGGG